AUGUACAUAUGUACAUAUGUACUUGAGUGCAUGUAAUACAUGCCGUGUGACGCCUGGAGAUUGAAUACGGUGUGGGUCUAGGCAACAGCAUGUAUGCAGACAUGGGGUGUCAUACGGCGUGGAUGUUUUGCAGUCAAUAACUGAUCUGAUCUGUGAGUGAGUGUAGUAGUCAUCAACCAAGCAAUCCAUCCAUCCCACCAGUCCGGCUCCAGGCACAUGACACCGCGCCGGCGCGACUCAGUACAAAACCUCUUUCUGCCUGCCCUCCACCACGGUUAGGCGUUUUGAUUUGGACCUUGAAUGGCCGCUUCCACAAUAUAGACGUCCACGCUCCCCACACUCUCUUUCAACAUCCAGACUUAUCGCCUGGAAACCCCGUGGUCGGAUUAUAUCAUUCGGCCCACGGCGCGCAUCAGCCCACCCGUCUGCCUGCCACCCACUAGGUACAUACUCACCCUACAUACUCAGCCUUCCCACGUCGCCCGCAAGCGUGCAUCUGCAGCCUUGGUCAUCCACCAGUAAAUACAGGCGCAGACACGCCCCGCAGAAUUUGUGCAUAGCUUCAGCCCUCCAUACCCAACUCUUGUUCGUUUGCGCGGUUUUGCAGCCUCUACACCGCCGUUAAAUGGACGCACCGGACAAACCCCCGCGGGCUGCCAUAGCUAACGGCCACGACCACUCCUCCACUGAUCUCACCCAAGUUCUGCAGGCUCUGCAAGCAAUAUACAGCCCCUCCUCCAGCAAUGAUACCCGCCGCGAUGCCACAACCUACCUCGAGGAAGCAAAACGCCAUCCGCAAGCUCCAUUCCACGGCUACACCCUAGCCCACGAGUCGUCGCAGCCGGCCCAGCUCCGCCAUUAUGGUCUCACCAUGCUGGAGUACUCAAUAAGGUACAAGUGGGACGAUUUCACGGGCCCCGAAUUGGACGGUCUGCGCAGCUAUGUUGUGCAGCUAGCACAAAGUGUGGUCACCGAAGACCCUGUGUAUCUGCGCAAUAAAAUUGCUCAGCUAUGGACAGAAAUCGCAAAACGAGCGUGGGGUGAUGAGUGGAUGAAUAUGGAUCAGCAACUGCUCGAGCUGUGGCAGACAUCGCUCCAUCACCAGGCUAUAGUGCUCUACGUGCUUGAAACCCUUUCCGAAGAGAUUUUUAAUCGUGAGGAUGCGACGGCUGGUCUACGAGGCUCUGAUCUAGGACGUGCAUGUGUCGAGGCCUUUACGCCAACAGCUGUCUUAACAGAGCAUCUCCCUACCCGCGAUAAAAGCUUGAACGUGCGUUGCGGGGAUGAAGGUUGGCUCAAGAGGUUGUGUGAUAACUUGUCGUGGUGUUUGUCCCAAGAUUACCAAAGUCAGGAUAAUAUUCGAUCAUCGGCUGUCAAGACUCUGAAUGCAAUUCGAGCUUGCAUGACAUGGGUCAUCCCGAAAGCUAUAGUGGCGGUUCAGGUAAUUGAGCACGUGUGCAAGGCACUGGCUGUGCCCGUGGUAGAACUGCAAAUCGCUGCUGUAGAUGUGUUACAAGCCAUAUACACUCGUCAUCACCUUCAAGAUGACGAAUUUCAGGAACUGGUGUGCCCUAUGUUCACUCCUGGUAGCGUCUCGCUGUUGCGGGAUGUGUAUGGAUGGACACUCUCAGAUAUGGACAUUCAAGAUCUCAAUGAGCAAAAGUAUACAUUGUGCAAAAAGCUAGCAGAGUUAUCCAACAGUCUCGGCCUCUUCAUCGAGCAAAAACCUCAAAAUAUACCCGAAGGUAGCGACUUACCAGGCAUAUUCCAAUUGCUUUUUGACAUUUGCCGGAAUCCGAGCCUUGUCGUGUCUAUCCCUGUGCUUCAUUGUUGGACCAAGCUCUUGCGCUCAACCAUCGUUCGUGAAUCGGAAGUGGUGACACAAAUGGUCGGCGGCCUACUGGAGAUUUGCUGUGCACGAUUAAUACGAUACGAAACUUUCCCAGAUGACUCGGAAGACGUCACAAUUCUUUUCUUGAACGAAGAUCUCGAUACCGUGCCCGAGCGACAUGCAUUUUUGGGCAAUUAUCGGCGAUUUUGUGCGGACGUCAUUGACGUUUUGGUCAGGAGAACCCCCGAAGAAGCUAUGGCGCAUAUCUUGAGCCAAGCUACCAAUACGCUCCAAAAUCUUUAUGCCCAGCAACCUCCGUUUAGCCCGGAAAAUUUUACCAAGCAUUCGCCUCCUGUGCUGCAUGUUGAUGCCCAGGUCACGAUCAUCGAUGCUGCCCUUAAAGGGUACCUGAAAUGGCUAUCCGGUCACGGAGCCGAUCCGCAGGAGGACGACAGAAAGAGGCAUGCAAUGGAGGACUCUUUUGAACAAUGGGCCAGACAGCUGCUCCAAGCCAAAUUUGAGGAUCCCGAAAUUGCCAAGAAAGUCAUACAGCUCAUGGCAACCUUUUCCACAAAAGCCCUUUCUGAGCGCCCUGCAUUUGCUCUCACAUUCUUGGAGUAUUUGAUUACUUUGAGGUUGGUAGACAAGCCUCAAUGCACCCAGUACUCUGAUGCUGUGAAAGAUCUCGAACGGAUAUGCAGCCUGGAGAUGCAGAAACUGGCUAUGAAAUUUCCCGACGGAUUCAUGGAGGUAUAUGAUAGCCUGGAAAACAAGAUCAAUGAAGUGAUUGCAGAUCCGGCCGUUGAUGAGCGUCAGCGUAUGGCUUAUUCGGCCUUCCUGUUCAUCAUCAUUCAUCGCUGCACGAAACUCGAUCGCUCAACACAAGAGGCCCGCAUGAGACAAAUGCUUAGUCAAGUGAACAAUGCCUGGCAAAACAACGAGCUUACAAACUCAAUCUCGGACUUCCAAUCCUUCUGCGGUGUUCUUGGUAUGGGGCAGCUCCCAGACUUCUUGUCUGCGAAUAAUUUCCAAGCCGUGCAAGAUUGGUCCGAACAACCAUUGAGCAGUGAAGGACAAGCCCUACAGACCAACAUUGUCGAUUCUGCUCAGCGUAUUCCUCUUCGGCUAACAAAGACGUUGCUCGCAGCUUCCACAGAAAAACUACGCGACGGCUCUGCAGCGUAUGAGUCGGCAGCUAUGCUGUGGUCAGAAUCAAUACCCCUUAUGCUGCCCAACCUCCUCAAAAUAGUAAGCCAUGCGCAAGCUUUCAACGAUAUCGAUAGCAAUUGGUCGUAUCUUCCAAAGGAUCUUCAGCAAGUCAUCCGGAGAGUCUUGACCGAUCGAUUCUGGCAAGCCGGGAUUUCCACAGAGAGUCGGGAUGACUUCUUUGCUCGCGUGAGUGGAUCUAAGAGCACCUACGAAGGCUUUGCGUCCACUGUAAGGGGCACUGUUCGACAAAUUCGGGAGAGUUCUUACUACAUUCUAUACUCUCUGGCUCGAUUUCGAGAAUACUUUUAUGGAAUCACUGAUCUCCCUGUCCCUCUUAGCCAAGCGUUGUUUGGCCAUGCACAUGCUUUGACAGCUCAUCAUCUUUCCGUUUUACUGACAGUUUCUACGCAUCUUAUUGAAGGCUGCCCACACCAACAGCGAUCACACUUUCUGCCACCCAUGAUAGAAGGUCUAUUUCGAGAGCUCAACCGCAAGAUAUCUACCGAGUGGGAACAGAUUAGUGGUCAAGUAGCACAGUCGGGCGGCAACGACAGUUUGACGGACGAGAUGAAGACAGAAAGCAUUCUACGACAGCUUACGUAUUCCUCAGUCUCACUUGUCGCCGUCUUGCUCGAUUCAAGGCAAGAGUUCACCGAGUAUUCCAAGAAGGAUGAUGGUCACCCCAUGUGCGAGUACAUUCUCAACGUCCCCGAGGUCCUCGAGCCGAUAUUCGUCUUCUGCAACUCCUGUAUACGCGUUCGCGACUCGCGAUCCGUCAUCACCGUUGCCCGUGUGCUACGGACCCUCCUACCCCGAUUCAAAGAAAAGGGGCCUAUUCGCGAUUACUUCUGUAACGAUAUCCUGAAAAGUGCAAUAACCUCCCUGCACGAACCUUAUUUCGUGGACUGCCAAAAAGAUCUCGCCUCCCUUAUCGCCGGUAUCAUCCACCUCGACGACCAACUCCCACGUUCCAUCAUCCUUACCCUUCCUGGCAUGGGCGAUCACAGCAGGGUCGACCGCCGGUUGGCGAAACUACGCAGCGCUAACCGCAGUGACGAUCGCAUGCAGAGAAGCAUUGUUUUGGACCUGCUCAGCAGCGUGAGGGGGGUCAGUAUUCACGAGCAGGGCAAGAUUGAACGUUCGAAACCCAAGAAGAAGCCGGCCAUCCAGGAACAGUACAUGAGCGUGGACCAGCCAGCCACGAUCGUGCGAGGAACCAGCCCCGGCCUCGAGGGUGUAGCGGGUAUGUUUGGUGAUGCGUAA